CCGCUGUUUGUUUAUUAUUAUAGCCCCUCUCUCGUUUCCACAUUCAACGAACAAAACAAAAAACCUUCACCUACUACUUUAUAAAAACCGUCCCUUCUCUUCUCCUUUCCCAAAUCAAUUAUUCAUCACUGUGUUGUGUUGUUCCUUCUUUCGUUCCCUCCACUAAGCAAAACCCAAAAGACAUUCAUUUUCGUUUCGUUUGUAUAGAGCAUGGCCGGUGGUUCUAUCAAGAGACAUUGUUUCUCCGAAGAGGACGAUGUGGAGCCUGGGUAUUCUGGGCACAACCACUUCCAUCAUUACCAACACGGUUUUAUUUCUAGGACAUUGGGUUAUGGCACUUUCUACAACCGACGUGUGAGGAGCCAUUCGAUUUUCUCGCCGAGAUCUGGGAGAUUUUAUGAUGCCAGAUUCGAAGACCACCAACCCCACUUUCUUCAAGCUUGUUCUCUUUGCAAGAAACCUCUCGGGGAUAAUAGAGACAUCUUCAUGUACAGAGGGGACACGCCUUUUUGUAGCGAAGAGUGUAGACAAGAGCAAAUAGAGAGAGACGAAGCAAAGGAGAAGAACAAGAACCUUUCAUCCUCGAUGAAGGCUUUGAGAAAAAAGGAGCAAAGAAAUUCUGUCUCCCCAAACAAGACCCAGGAUUACUCCUUUCGUGCAGGGACGGUUGCUGCCGCUUAGUUGAAACUUGUAUGGAUUAAGAGAAAAGAAGAAAAAAUAACAGUUUACCAGCUACAGCCUUCUCCCAAAAGAAAGGAAAAAAAAAGAAAAAAAGAAAAAAAUUAACAAAGGAAAGUAGAAGUGAAGUUCCAAACUAAGUUUACUUUCUUUUCCUCGAAGAAGGGUCAAGAGAGAAGAGAUCCCCCCUAAAAAAAGGAUUUUUGUUCAUGAAGCUGUAUAUGGUAAUACGUGUAGAGAAGUUCGUUGCGUGUGGAAUCCUCUCUCCCAAUUGGGCUUCAUUUUUCGGGUUUAUUUUUAAAAUAUAUAUAUACCAACGUCUUUUUUUUUUUUUAAUCAAGGUCUUAGUUACUAGUAUUACUAUUUUAUGGUGUGGUGUCUAAUAGUUUCAAAGUUUUUACGAAGAAACUGAAUAGUACCAAUUUAGUUGAUAUUUCUUUACCUAAUUCUAUGUGUAUUUUUAGCCUUUUAUGUGGCAUUUAAAUAUGAAUCCUAGAAGGGAGAAAAAGGAACAUGGACGGACUUUAAUAUGCCGUGGCUGUGGCCUGCAGGACGAGAAACACUAUGCCACUAAGAAAUUGGGAGUCUCGUGGAAUUUUGAGGUGUGAAACGAACUAUUUGUCAUCGAUAUUAUAAAAGAAGCAAUCGACAAUUAAGAAAAACCUUCUAUCACUGUUUCGUUUUUUAUUUAAUAACUAAUGUAAUGUUCUUGAUUCAGGAAAUAAAUACUCUGUUGUAAUCA